AAACAUCGUGACGGCAGCGUUUUGCAGUGGUGGAGAAGAACGUGUACGUCAUUUUCACAAUGGCGGAGGCUGGGUGAGGAGGAGUGUGUGUGUGUGAAGCGGCGCCGUAAUCGUUAGAGCUACAUUGCCCGUUAUACGUGCACGGUGCCCGAAAAUGGCCCUGAACCCCAACGCGGCGGGGAAAAGGGACUCAGAAUGUACCGAGACGGACGAUCUCCAGCUGGAGGGUGGCGAACCCCCGAAGAAAUCAGCCGCCACCUCGGCCACAGCCAACCAAAAUGGCGAUCAGCCUGGAUGUGGAGACUGUGUAAUGCCCGAACAAGAAGCCCCUGAGCGGCGGAGGAGCGUGCAUACUGAUGCCCGGAGCUUUAGCAGUUCUGCCUUGCCAGGCAAGAGACCGAGCGAAGAGCUGCCACGGAAAAAUUUCCAAAUCCCGAGGAAGAUAAGAGAACGGAAAGGCUUGUACCAGUUUUUGCCCCCCGGCAGCCGGGAGUUUGAGGACCUUGUGAAGACUUUCUCCUCGUUUUACCUCGACUCAUCGUCACGAGGAACCUUCUCCUACUGCAAGGCCAGACUCAUUCACAAUGAGCUGCUGGAGAAGGAGUUCAUCGAGAAGCGGAGAGAGAUGAAGCAGGAGGGGCGGACGGAACAAGAGCUGACGGAGUCGUACUGCUUCCUUUAUCCAGACAAAUCCAAGCUCCAGUGGAUCUGCGAGAAGGGUCUGUCUGUUGGACACUCCAGGAUUACGACACUAGGAAAUCAUUCAAUGGGCGUAUACGUCUCCAAAUAUUCUGAUCUGUUACAAAUCAAUCCCUUUGAGGUGGGCUCGUCUGGAGACAUCAUCGUUUUCAAAGUUAUGAGGGGCCGAAUAAAACACAUCCAUGAGAACAUGCCUAAGAAUGCCAUGGAACCGAAUCCGAAGUUUGACUCUCACUUGUCCAAAAGUGCCAAUAGGGUUACGUCUCUGCUGUCUUACAGGGCUUUUGAGCUCACACAGCAAUAUUUUUUCGAGUUUGCGUUUGAUGAGAUCAAGACACGGCCCAGGCACGUGUGCCCCUACGCUGUGGUUUCCUUUCAGUACAAAGGCAAGGAGGCCGCAGCAACUCCUAUGACGUCACACAGGUUUAACACCAUUUCCCCUGAAGGAAGGCGAGGGAAGAGCUGCUACACCGUGUGGAGUGGUCCCCUAGUGAACAAGGGCCAGGAGUUAUUCCCAAUCUGUUUACGAUCCUCCUCGCGCCCCUACCUCCCGUACAAACUGCCUGAGAAGCUGACGGUGAGUCGAGGCAUGCAGCUGGAGCAGGUGAAGCGAAAGAUUCCCUCUGUGCUCUUUUCUUGGGACACUUACAGCGCAUCACGGGAAGUGAUGAAGUGUGGGAUGUCCUGCAGCCUGUUUGAUGUGGUGGAUGGAAAAGGCAAACCAACCAAUGGCAGCUUGGCAGGGCUGGUCAACAAACUGGAAAGGGACAGGAUGGUGCUAGUGAAGUCCUUGUUCGACAGGGGCUUUCUCUUCCUGUUGUCCUCAUCGCAGAUGGUUCAGUCCAAAGAGCGGCGGGGGCGCGUUGAGAAGAACCUGCAAGCAUUAUUCAUCUUUCAGGAGUCAAGGAUGGUUGUCAAGUAUUCAUCGAGGCUGUUCGAGCCGGAGCCGCUGACGACUGAGCCCCAGCCUGCUAUCCUGUCCUCCGUGGAUCCCUUCGUCCCCGCUCUGCACUACGCGCUGUUCAAGUUGCGCCCCAAUCCAGGCAAGGACCUGAGCUCUGGGGUGGAGCGCCAGGCCACCGACUAUCUAACUCGUAUAGAUUCGGGCACGGUGCGGCCGUUCAUUCUGCCCGACUACAAAUAUAACGUGGACGAAAGGACCAACCCGCUCUUGGUGCUGAGACCUAAGUUUAACAUGGAUGCAGUGCUGCAUUCUUACGUCCACAACCCUGCUAACUACAUUUUACCUCUGAACAAGACGAAGGACAUCAUUGAAAAAGUACGGAACCCCACGCCCACACCCACGCCCACGCCUGCUCCGGCCCCAGUGGAAUACAGCCCUGUUUCUGACUGGGGCGGCUCGGACAGGGGCUCGGACAGGACAGAGAGACCCGCAGAAAGGCCUCCGAAGGAGAGGCCACCCCCGGAGAGGCCAGCACAGGAGAAACCAGCACAGGAGAAGCCAGCACAGGAGAGGCCAGCACAGGAGAGGCCAGCACAGGAGAAGCCAGCACAGGAGAGGCCAGCACAGGAGAGGCCAGCACAGGAGAGGCCAGCACAGGAGAAGCCACCCUUGGAUAGCAGCAGACGGAGGCAAGGGCUGGCCCAUUCUAACGGGGCCCAGUUGCAGCACAAGUCGCAAAUUGAGUCCCCGGCUCAGCCUCCUCAGAGGUUGCGGCUGUCCCAGAAUGAGUAUGAUAAAGACAAGAUGAAACAGUUGCUUAAGCUGAUUCAACUUCAUAAGAAAGCACUCGUGAAGGAGCCUGUGAAGGAAAGGGGAGAGGACGGCAACAGUCUGAAGAGGAAGUUUGAGGGAGAUGAGGGGGGGGGCGUGAACAAACACCAACGCACAGAUCCGCUGAGCAAUGGGGAACCCAGCAGAGGAGCCCAAGCAGAUGAGAUCGGAGAUGAGGGCGGGCAGAGCGACAAUCUGACAGCAGUCAUGGAAAGCAUGGGCAUCUACGACACUGACCUGAGGGCUCACGGCAACACUAACGCCUCGGCAGUCAACGAGACCCAGCGGCUUCUCAAGAUCCUCCUGGCUACUCUCAACAAAGCCGUGGCUCAGGGUUCAAUGUCUGCGCAGUCAAACCACGGAGAACCAUCGACGGGUUCAGGAAGAGGGGAACCUGCCGUCCCUGAGCCAGAUCGCACCAAACAAAAUGAGCCCGCAUCUCAAACCAACUACACAGAGGUGAGAUGUGUGGCUGAUUCUAAGGAGGACAUGGACUGUAGCCCUGGUAGUCCACUCGGCCCUGGCUCCCCAAAAGAGCAAGCGCACACCUCAGACAACCCAACAUGGGUUAAGCCCGCCACUGAAGACAAAGCACAGCCUUUUCCUGAGCCAAAGCCCGAGCCCGAGUCCGAGCCGGAGGCUGUGAAGGUGGCAGACAGACACCCGGAGCCAAAGACGCCUGCAGCCGUGGAAGUAAAAAAGGCGGCUGCACCACCCACGUUACCAGUCGUAGAGGAAAUGGCUUUCAGGCCCUCCAUCAGCCUGGACACCAUACUCAACCAGGAAAUUCACAGUCUCACCUCUAACAUUAAAAACAUCAUGCAGACGCAGCACAUCUGCUAUUCUUCGCGUCUAUCCCCGCGGUUGCCUCCACGCCACUGCUGGCUGCCCAACAGCUGCUUCUCAGACUUUGUUGUACCCUACGUCUCGCCUGUCUCCCUUCAAGGACAUGUCAAAGCACUGUGUGAGAAGAUGGACAAGUUGAUCCCAGCCCCACCUGUUCCCUCCAAAGUCACUUCUCCACCUCCCGCAGUGACAACAUCUAAUCUUACAACACCACCCCGCACCCCCAUACAGACUCCCAAAACUAAAUCGGACUCCUCCCUGUCAAAGAGCACCACCUCCUCUCAGAGUGGUAAAAUGGGUCCCGUCAAAGGCAAAGGGGCUAAGUCUAAAUCGGAAGGCGUGUCAGCAGAGUUUGGGGGAGAGAUCUAUUCUCCCUCUCGCGUCACACCAGACUCUCCAGAGAACAAGUCCCAUAAACAAGGCCCUCCUUCUGGGAGUGGGCCCGGCCUGCUGGCUGGCAGCCUCAUCGGUCAGCUAAAGCCUGAGGUUUUCAGCAGCCUGGUGGAGAUCUUUAAGGACGUCACCAAGAACACGGUCAAAUUCUACAUCUACUCCGAGGACGAGGGUGAGGAGAGCACGGUCUGCAAGGAAAUUAAGGAGUACUUGAAGAGUCUGGGCAACAGCGAGUGCAGCCCGCAGACAUUUCUGGAAAACAGCGGCAGUUUAGAUAAGCUCCUCAUCAUCAUUCAGAACGAGGACAUCGCCGCACACGUGCACAAGAUCCCGGCUCUGGUGUCUUUGAAGAAGUUGCCUUCAGUGAGCUUCGCUGGAGUGGACACUCUGGACGAUGUCAAGAACCACACUUAUAAUGAGCUGUUUGUGUCCGGAGGCUUCAUGGUGUCCGAUGAGUUUGUCCUCAACCCUGAGCUUAUCACGCAGGAUCGUUUGCAGGGGCUGCUGAAGUUCUUGGAGGAGCAGAGCACCCCUGAACACCCCUGGCAGUGGAAGGUGCACUGCAAGUCCCAGAAGAAGCUUAAAGAACUGGGGAGGUUAAAUGCCAACGCCAUGGGGCUCCUGAACCUUCUUACAGCCUAUCAGAAGAAGCAUCUGGUGGAGUUCCUCCCUUAUCAUGAGUGCGACACCCAGUUGCGACAGGCUCCUGACCUGGAGUGCCUGAUCAAGCUCCAAGCUCAGCACACACAGCAGCGGCACCUUAUCUUCCUCACAGAGAGGCCAUUUGAGAUGUUUCUACAGUACUCCAGAAAUGGAAUGGUGAUCGGGAGCAUUGAUGACGUUAUGAGCGGUUUCCACAGUCUGAUUGGCUCCAUCAAUCAGAAUGAGCUUCCAACACCGCCCUCUACAGCAGUAAAUGAUGAGUGUGUGGAAGAGGAGGACAUGUCAUUAGACUCUGAUGAUGGUGAGCCAAACACCAUAUUGGAUCCCUCAGAGCAGAACAAGACCGUUCAGAAGGGGAAGCCUCCACAGCCGCCUCCACCAGAGAUGGAGGAAUUUCGUCCUCCGCUCCCAGAACAGCAGGCGACCCCUGACAGAACUCCAACGCUGUCUGACUACAGUGCUCUCAAAACAGCCAUCUCUCAGUUCAAAGCCACCAACCAGAUGGGAAUAGGCUCUUCAGACAUUGGCGGCUUGUCACCGGGAGGUUUUCCUGUGAAUCCUCACCAGAGCUUCCUGUGUCCUUCAGCCUCGUGGUCAUCCUACACUGGAUCUUCUAGCUAUGCGGCCUCCCCGGCCUAUCCUGCCUCACCCUGCAGCAUCACCCAGGAGCAGGAAUACCGCUCAGCCUCUGCUACAGCUGGACCUCUAGCCAACCUGGCUUCCCUCCCCUUGGAGGUCAAACCUCCCCCUCCACCUCACCUCAUGAUGCUGGGCCACACGUACGGCUCGGACACUGGAGGAGCUGGGGCUCCUGGCAACUCUCCGCUUACCACCUCGCUUCCCUACACAGACCAUAAUGACUCAGCCCAGCCAGGUUACAUGGCUGGCAUUGCUAAAAAUGCUAGCGGGACCCCCACGCAACAUGACAGAACACUCAGUGGCCCUGGGGAGGGUCUAUGGGGGACAGCAGGUACCAGCACUUUUCAGACUGCUAACAGCCAGGGUGGGGUCACAUCUGGCUCACUGGACCCCAGUGGGCUCUGUAAGACUGGGGAAACCCUCGGAGGCAGCACCCCUGGUAGUCAGGGGGGCAGGACUCAGGUGAAUUGCGCUAACAACCUUGGAGCUUCUGUGGGCAUUCCCACAGCGGCCACCAGGGGGGGCUCAAUAGUCAGACCUAAGCUGCCUCCACAUCCAAUGUGUGGAAUGGGCUAUGGUAGUAUAGGUGGCAUCCCUGGACAGAUGGAUCAUGGGCCUAUGCGAGGUGGUAUGGGUCCUGGUUCUUUAGGGAGCUAUCGAGGAAGAGGAGUUCCACCUGUAGGAAUUUGGCCUCGGCCAGGACGAGGACAUGAUCGGGGGGGUGGGACUGGAGGUGCACCCUGCUUUUGGGGUUACCCAGCAGGCAGGGGAAGGGCACAGGAUUACUACUCAGACUACAAAUACACUCACAAUUAUGCUCCUGAAUAGACAAUCAUGAUCGAAGGGGCAACGCAAAGGCCAUCAUCCUCCAGAGACUAUUAGAGCUGGCUGAAUGUAAAUAUUUCCUUGUCAAAAACACAUUGAUUUGAAUCAGUUAAUAAGGAUCCUGGUUUUUCUACAUUAAUAAAAAUUGAUACAGGCAGUGCCGAGUGUCCUACCGUUGUGUAAACUUUAUGUACACUCUUUCCAUGUGAGCUAUUUGAGACCCUGUUCAAACCACUAUAUUUAUAUUUGCCAGCAAAUGUUAAUGGCCUUCCAGCUUCUCGGAAUUUAACAUGUAAUUUCUGUUUGUUCAGGUUUUGAAACGGUUUGUGAACAAGGGGAAAGGCUGAUAUUUUUUUAAGGAAAAAAAAAAAAACUAGUGAAUGAAAUGUCACUUUUGCUGUUGGUUUUCUCUUUUUUUUAUUUUCUUUUACAUAUUUGGUUGUCCAAAAUUCUAUUAAAAUAAAACAUUUCAAAUCUUGUUUGUGUGACCAGUUUGAUGACAGUGUCAAGCAAACUAUUAAAAAUAUAUAAAUCACCA